CGACCCGCACGAAAACCUCUGGAGAGAAGUUGCCCGACUGUGGCUGUGCGUGAGUUCCAAGUCUUUCUUCUUCUCCGUUUCCUAGUCUUGAGUUCCUUCAUCCCUCAGGGCGACCAGAAGAAUGUCGGAUCAUACGGGAAGCAGCGGCGGCCGGAACAGAUGGAGUUGGGAAAUAUCGGGAUUCGAACCUCGGUUGUCGCCAUCAGAGCUCGACGAUCACAGUAAUUUGAGGCCGUCGUCACUGCUGGUCCGGAGGUACUCGAUCUCACCUUCAUCCAUUGCUUCUCAUUCGGAACUGUCUAAGCACGCGCAGAACUCCGUACUCCUCAAAUUGAAGGACAAAAUCAAGAUCAAGCUGUUCUUGAAUCAGAAGCUAGAAUUUGUCCUUUGAUAUCUGAGAAGAAAAAAAAAUUUAAUGACCUGUUGACUACCAAAGGAAAUAUGCAAGUAUUUUGCCGUGUAAGACCAGUUUUUGAAGAUGAAGGUUCAUCUAUUGUUGAAUUUCCUGACUGUUUUACUGUUCGUGUCAAUACUGGUGAUUAUAGUGCAUUCAAUCCUAAGAAGGAUUUUGAAUUUGAUAGAGUUUUUGGUCCUCAUAUUGGACAAGUUGACCUUUUUACUGAUAUUCAGCCUUUUGUUCAGUCAGCCUUUGAUGGAUAUAAUGUCUGUAUAUUUGCUUAUGGUCAAACAUACUCCGGAAAGACACACACCAUGGAAGGGUCUAGUCAUGAUCGUGGUUUAUAUGCUCGAUGCUUUGAGGAGCUGUUUGAUUUAUCCAAUUCAGAUGCAACUUCCACAUCUAAAUUUAGAUUCUCAGUUUCAGUCUAUGAGCUUUAUAAUGAACAGGUCCCAGCUUC